AUGCCUCGCCAGCUCACUAUCAGCCCGGCCCCUUACAAGUCUUCUCAUCUGGCCAUACCACCAAGCCCCUUCUCUCCCCGCCUCCCGAUCAGUCCUCCUGCAUCUCCACCGACAAAGCAGUCCUCCAAGAAUCUUGUCCAUCUUGAGCGUCGCAAAGCACAUGUCAAAUCGACGACUGAACUCCUGCCACCACCUUCCGAUCCUCUUCAUUGGCUUUGGCAAUGUCACAAGUGCAACCGCGUCUACCAGCUAGGUGUCACGCGACGCUGUCUCGACGAUGGACACCUCUUCUGCGCCGGCACGACUGUGGUCAAGAAAUGCCGAGGCAAAAACGGCCGUGUGGUCCGAAGGCACGCGGCUUGUGCUUCGGAGUUCGACUACCAAGGCUGGAAGCAGUGGGGUGUCUGGCGAAGAUCCGUUGGCGAGCAGAUUGAAGCAGCUGAAGCCCUCUUGAACGCCGAGGAGGCGUUCGAGAGCGUCUUUGGUCCAGCAAGCGCCUCGCCCUUGAUCCCAACAGAAUCGAAAUGGAUCAAUGGUACCUGGAUGCAAAAGGCUGCCCACGCAAGAACUUUGAGCGGCAGUCUGAAAGCUAGCAAGAAUUACUGGGAGAAGUCGCAGGCUGAUCUCAAGAAAGACUGUUGGGAGCGAUGCGAUUACCCAAGUGAAUGUCGCUGGGGAAAGCAGUACGGUGUCAAGACUCCUACUGUUGUGUCCGUCUCGCCGAAGACCUCACCUGAAGCUGAGAGAAACACCAAUGCCAAUGCGAAGAAGACUGAGCCCAAAACUUCGUUCGAAGAUAUACUUAUCGAGCUCGCACAGUCUGCAAUGGGAACAACCUCCACCUCUGUCGACAUCACAGACCUUUCAAUCGUCAAAGAAGAGCCAGAAGAGGAAGCCCGGAGCGCCAAAGAACCUGAAUAUCUCGAAGCUUUGAGUCCUACACGUACCCAACGACAGAAGUCUAUCACCGAAGGCGAGAUCACCAUUGUCUCUAUGGACGAUCUCCUGGACAGCGUCAAACGCCGCAAGCGACGCAGUUCUGGCCAAAUUCCUUCACCACUUGGCGCAAAUCCUCCUAGUCCUACCGGGGCAGAAAUGACAGUGGAGUACAUUGAGGGUCUUGACCCGUUGCAGAGAUCUUCAAGUGCGAAUGCUGUGCCCACUGUAUCGAUCGUCGAGAGAGAAGUGGAGACGCAAUCGAGUAAGGCUGUAGAUGACAUGCAAGUGGAUAUCAAGAAGGGUAAAGUGCCGAGCCUGCAAGAGAGGGCAGAGGGUUUCGUGAGAGGUUUGGUCAUCAAGAAGAGGUGA